AUGACGUCGACCCUGCAAUAUCUCUCUGCGUCAUUCGUCACCCGUGGUGCAAUGUUUGCGGGACUACUGCUUUCGACGGCUACUGGCACACCUUUUGCAAACAAUCCAGUCACCAUCGUCGAUAGCGCCACCUUCCUGUCGCAUGACAGUCCGGCGUUCAGUGGAAUUGCUGCCGAUUUCGAUGUCAACGUUCUCACCUACACAGUAGUUGAGUACACGUUCACAUCGGAAGAAAGCUUCAACAGCAGUUCUUCCACCACAAGUGCAACUACCACAUCGCCUGAUGGCGCUACAAGUACAACGUCCACGACCCAGUCGCAGUUGUCGGCAUCGACCAUGCAGUCAACGAAUUUCGAGAGCUUCACCGUCGAGAAUGAACCAGCUUCGGUCAAUGUGUACGGUCGCAAUCGCAAACUUGAAGCAAGCACGUCGGAUCUUCAGAAACUCGAAAACCACUUCCAGGUGCCUUUGGAGUUCAACGUCAAAAGCCUGGCUACGCGUGCAGCGUACCACGUCAUGCCGUGGCCCAGCAGCUACUGGGCCAUGUAUCUGGACAGCAUCAACUACCGCUGGAGCUCCAGCAAUGGACCUAGUGCGACGGAAAAAUACGCCACUGCUUUUGGCGUCGAUCCCAGUGCUAUGGUGUCAAAGGUAUCGCAGUCCACGGGUGUGAUAUCAAAGACGUCGUCGAACGCAUCGUGCUUGACGAAUGAAGACUGUCGUAUACGAGGGGACGGCAGUGUCUGCGCUCGACCUGGUGGAGAAACUCAGGGCUUGUGCAUUCCGACAUGGUACGGCAUUUGCCAUGCCUGGGCCCCGGCAUCGUUGCUCGAGCCCGAGCCGAAUUGUGCAGUGGAAUACAAUGGAGUGACGUUCCAGCCGAUGGACAUCAAAGCUCUGAUAACCGAAGUCUACGAUGGAGCAAAAGUUGCCACGGUCUUCACAGGUGCCAGGUUCUUCAAUCCUGCCAGUGCGGCUACCUUUGACACGUAUGGCCGCUUCACGGAUGCUUCACGACGUGAUCUGGGUCCUGGCUUCAUGCACGUCGCGCUGGCUAACAUCCUCGGCCGCUUCAAUGCUUCCGUGGUCUUGGACGUCUCAGCUGGCCCUGAGGUCUGGAAUCAGCCCGUUUACGGCUACGAAGUGCUCACUGAAAUGGAAUUGACCCCCAGCGAUGCUGCUAGUCGAUACUUUGGCGUACCGACGUACCCGUUCAACCGCGAUGCCCAGCGCAUGAUGUAUGUUGAAACGAAAGUAUCCUGGAUGGCGGAGACUUUCGAAAAUGGGGGGCUUGUGUCAUCGGGUCGCGCCACGACUUACGUGAAGGGCAAGACGUACAAAUAUUUGCUUGAGCUGGACGAGGCGUACAACAUCCUUGGCGGGGAGUGGGUGGGUGAAUCAAAGGCAGACCAUCCGGAUUUCCUCUGGAUACCAAAGGCCCGUCCUGACCUCACUGCCGUCACAAAUAUAGGGCUCAGCUACAAGAACGUCCGGGUAUUGCUCGACAUGGCCACUUCUUGCUCGUAG